UAGCGAGACGGCUCGAAGUGUGCGUGCUGUCAUUCUGUAGGGCUGCUUGUUUGGACUCACACUCGGGGAGAGGAGAUGGAGCGCUGUGUCGGGGUGGAGUGGGAGCUGGAGAAGGUUCUACAGAGGUUCGUGAGCUACGGAGAGAGCAGCGAGAGGAGCCUGGAGGAGCUGCUGGCGUCUGUCACCGAGCUGCGGGAGGAGCUGAGCAGCCAUGCUCAGAAAGGAGUGCCAUUGUCCCCUGCUCUCGCCUUAAUGAUGACGCAGCGCUGCCGUAAAAUCAGAGAAACUGUACAGAAAGUAGCAUCUGACCACAAAGAAAUGCACAGCAGUGUUUCCAGAGUAGGGAAAGCAAUUGACAGAAAUUUUGAUCCUGACGUCUGUGCGGUAGUAUCAGAGGGUGUUUGGGAAUCGAGAAACAAGCAGCAGUUACUUUACAGUGCGAUUAUGGAGCAUCUUUUCCAGCAAGGGCUUCCAACGGUGGCUGAGGAGCUCAGUCAGGAGUCUGCCUUAAAUAUUGACACGAGUUUCAAGCAGCCGUUCUUGGAACUGAACCGAAUCCUGGAAGCUCUCCAGAAGCGUGAUCUCAGACCAGCCCUAGAAUGGGCAAUUUCGAACAGGCAACACCUGCAAGAACUAAACAGCUCAUUGGAGUUUAGGCUUCAUCGUCUUCAUUUUAUUAGUCUACUCAGUGGUGGGCCACACAAGCAGAUGCAGGCAUUAACAUAUGCCCGUCAGUUUCAACCUUUUGCUGCACAUCACCAGCAAGAAAUCCAGGUGAUAAUGGGAAGUCUUGCAUACCUUCCACAUGGGAUUGAGAACUCUCCUUAUGCCCAUUUGUUAGCCGUGGAGCAGUGGAUAAGCAUCGGCGAACAGUUCACCAGGGACGCUUGCCAUUUGCUUGGUCUGUCUAUAGAGUCUCCUUUAAGUGUUGGCUUUGCCUCAGGUUGUGUGGCUCUCCCUGUGUUGCUGAACAUCAAAGCAGUUAUUGAGCAAAGACAGUGCGCAGGAGUGUGGAGUCACAAGGAUGAAUUACCUAUCGAGAUUGACCUGGGAAAGAAGUGCAGAUAUCACUCUGUCUUUGCAUGUCCUAUACUAAGGCAACAAACCUCUGAUGCCAACCCACCCAUCAAGCUAGUGUGUGGCCAUGUUAUCUCACGGGAUGCUCUGAACAAGCUGAUUAAUGGUGGAAAGUUGAAGUGCCCGUACUGCCCCAUGGAACAGAAUCCAGCAGAUGGGAAACCCAUCAUUUUCUGACACACAACAGCUGGAAGGGCUCAAGCAAUAUGCAUAAAGUAUUCCAACUUUUACAGCUGGCACAGUGUUGCUCAACUAUUAUGCUAAGACAGUGCAGUCUGUAUAUAUUCUGUUCUAUAAAUGUCAGAAAGGACUUUUCAAACAUUAAAAAGGAAGGUGUUUACAGAGUGGAUGGCUCUGCUAUGAACAUAAAUAAAUAGAUCUUUACCAUAUCAUGUGACCCUGAA